UUGGCUCGCAGUGCCUUUUGAGCAGUGGUGGAGGAGGGUGUGAGCUAGAGCUCAUUGCGCAAUACUGAGGCCACUGGAGUUCAGUGAUUCGGGUUUAGUCAAACAAACCAGUUCCGUGGUGGAUGAACUUGCAAGAGUAAAAGUAAACUACAUCUUUUUGCGGCCCCUUCAUACGUUGCAUGUUUGUUGAACGUGUCAGUGAUGGGUGUUCUGUAGGAGAAAAGUUAGAAUAUUCUUCCGUGAAGUAGAGUGUUCUCAAAUUAUAGCAUUAAAAGUGAGGGCGCUUGAAAGCUGUCUGUGUUCGAAGUGAAGGGAAAGAUAUCUACAGACCUGGAACACUGAACUUGGCACACGAUGGCGCCAGGAGGGGCGGCGCGGCCGCCGGGCAGCGAGGGCGAGUUCUCUGAUGAAGAGAACGGCGGCAACCAACCCAUAUAUGGAGCCAGCCGUCAGAGCACAGGAGAGCCUGUGGUGCUCUGGGAUGUGUUCAGAGACCCCCCGCCCCCCAACUCCUCCCUCUCUGAAAACUCUGACAAAUAUAUGGCUGUCACCGUGAAGUUCCUGAAGGUCUUCACUUAUCUCCUGACAUUCGCCAUCGUAUUGGGGUGUGGUGUUAUAACGAAGGGCUUGGUUCUCCUCAUGGCUUCGCAGCUGAAGGCUAAAAAGACCUUACCUCUGUGCACCAAAGACUACUCUCCAACACUUCAGCCAGAGAAGGACUACAUGGCAACCAUCCCUGUUGCUGAGAACGUCGCCUGGGCGUGGAUGAUAUUUCUCGCCUACAUCAUUCCUGAGCUGGGAUCUUGGUUCAGAUCUACGAGGAUGUGCAUAUUUAAGGGUUACAUCGCCAAAUUCAUGACUCGUUCACGUACGAAGCUGGACGAGCCCAGUCAGUUCUCAGACAUGGCGAUCGUUGCCGUGUUCGAAUGCAUGCACACGAUCGGCACCGGCCUCAUGAUAUUCGCCGUCCUGCCCGACCUCGACGUCAUCAAGGGGGCUAUGCUCACCAACUGCGUCGCCUUCAUUCCGGGACUUUUCGGUAUGUUGUCGCGCGACAAGAAAGAGUCAAAACUUUUUUGGAAAAUUCUAGUGGAUAUUUUGGCUUUGAUUUGCCAAGUUUCUAGCUUCUUCGUGUGGCCAAUUCUUGAGAUGCAGAAAGAAGGGGCAAACUUAACGCACAUUUGGACGAUCCCUUUUGCCGUAUUCCUCACAUCGUUUGGCUGGUGGGAAAACUACGUGGACAACAAGUCCAAAAUGUCGUUUGUCAAGUAUUUGGGUGACGUAAAGAAGAGGCUCUGGAGGACUCGUUACUUUAUCUUCAUGUUCGUUUCGUUGCUGAAAAUUUUGGUUUUCUUCGGCGUGAUGAUUCUUACGAUGGGCAUCCGACUCGACAAUGACUUUGCCACCUUGUUUGACCUCUCAAGAGCCUUCUCGUCUCAUACAAUCAACGUCACUGAGACUCGCCAACUGUUGCCGGGCAACAUCCUUACCGAUGUUCCUGUUCAGGACGUUCAAAAACUGGAGGUGAUGGCACAGAUUGGGUCCAACAGCUCCACGCCCGUGUAUGUCUUCCUCAUCCAGGUCCUUGCGUCGUAUAUCUGCUACAUUUUUGGCAAGUUUGCGUGCAAGAUUUGCAUUCAAGGAUUCAGUUUCGCGUUCCCGGUGAACCUGACGAUCCCCGUGUCGAUCUCUCUGUUGAUCACCGCCUGCGGGCUGCGUACCGAAGACGUGUGUGCCUUCGACUUCAUGCCGGGCUACCUCUUCUGGGAGUGCAAGAACGGAGACAUACUCACUGACUUCCUCAAAAAUGAUUACGCGUGGAUUUGGCUGCUAUGGCUGCUGUCGCAAACAUGGAUAACAUUGCACAUCUGGACGCCUAAAUGCGAGCGUCUGGCGUCCACUGAGAAGCUCUUCGUGUCGCCCAUGUACAACUCGAUGCUCAUCGACCAGAGCUUGGCGCUCAACAGAAGAAGAGACGACGACCCUGACCUCAAGGCUGAUGAAAUCACAACUUUGUCUGAGGAACACGAGCCUGAGCACUACGAGACAAUAUCUCUUGACACGGACUCGUCCAACACAAAUGCUACAUCGAAGUCUGUGAAAGGUUCAGAUCACAUCACGAGGAUUUACGCCUGCGCUACGAUGUGGCAUGAGACCAAGGAUGAGAUGAUGGAGUUCCUGAAGAGCAUCCUCAGGAUGGAUGAGGAUCAGUCUGCUCGCAGGAUCACGCUCAAGUUCUUGAACAUUGUCGAUAAUGAUUACUAUGAGUUUGAAACUCACAUCUUCUUCGACGACGCGUUCGAGAUCAGCGACCACAACGACGACGAGAACGUCGUCAACAGCUUCGUCAGGCUGCUCGUUGAGCUCAUAGACGAGGCGGCCAAACACGUCCAUCAGACCUCCAGACUCAGGAUUCGCCCCCCUGCCAGAAUCCCGACUCCAUAUGGGGGGCGACUCGUCUGGACUCUGCCAGGCAAAACUAAAAUCGUUGCGCAUCUCAAAGACAAGGACAAAAUUCGUCACAAGAAGCGCUGGAGUCAGGUGAUGUACAUGUACUACCUGCUUGGCUUCAAGCUCAUGGACCAGCCCAUCUCCCUCGAACGGAAAGAAAUCAUCGCGGAGAACACCCUCCUGCUCACUCUUGAUGGCGACAUCGACUUCACACCCAAAGCCGUCGCGCUGCUUGUCGAUCUCAUGAAGAAAAACACUAACCUCGGGGCUGCCUGUGGGCGAAUCCACCCUGUUGGAUCAGGUAUGAUGGUGUGGUACCAAAUGUUCGAGUACGCUAUCGGCCAUUGGCUGCAGAAGGCUACGGAGCACAUGAUUGGUUGCGUGCUCUGCAGCCCGGGGUGCUUCUCGCUCUUCAGAGGCCGAGCUCUCAUGGACGAUAAUGUCAUGAAACGAUACACGACAACGUCGUGCCAGGCUCGGCAUUACGUGCAGUACGAUCAAGGGGAAGACCGUUGGUUGUGCACGCUGUUACUGCAGCGCGGCUACCGCGUGGAAUAUUCGGCCGCGUCUGACGCCUACACGCACUGCCCUGAGGGCUUCGGUGAGUUCUACAACCAGAGGCGCCGCUGGGUGCCCUCCACCAUGGCCAACAUCAUGGACUUGCUCCAAGACUACAAGAGGACCAUCAAGAUCAAUGACAACAUCUCCCUUCCGUACAUCUUUUAUCAGACUAUGUUGAUGGCGGGCACAAUCCUGGGUCCAGGUACGAUUUUCCUUAUGUUGGUCGGUGCCUUCGUCGCCGCCUUCAACAUCGGUAACUGGCCUUCCUUCCAAUACAACAUCUACCCCAUCUUGAUCUUCAUGGUCGUCUGCUUCCUUGCUAACGCCUCCAAUAAGGGCAACCAAAGAGAGGUGCAGAUCAUCGUGGCAGAAAUCCUGUCGGCGGGCUACGCGCUGACGAUGAUGGCCGUGAUCGUGGGUACGACGCUGCAGCUCGGCCAGGACGGAAUUGAAUCUCCAUCCGCCAUUUUCUUGAUAGCUCUUUCAGGAUCUUUCUUCAUCUCUGCUUGCAUGCAUCCACAAGAGUUCCAUUGCAUCAUCCCUGGUCUGCUGUACCUGCUGUGCAUCCCUUCUAUGUACCUCCUGCUCAUCAUCUACUCCCUCAUCAACCUCAAUGAUGUCUCGUGGGGCACGCGUGAGGUCGCCACCAAGAAGACCAAAAAAGAACAACUUGCUGAGAAGAAAGCCUUGGCAGAAGCAGAGCGCGCUAGGAAGCAGAACGGCUUGCUUGGUAUGCUCAACAGGGGCGGUCAGAGUGAAGACGAGGGAUCCAUUGAGUUCAGUUUGGCUGGACUCUUCAAAAUAUCCUGCUGUAUCCACCCUAAGCCUGACGAAACCCGGCAUCUUGCUGACUCUAUGUCCAAAAUCCAUCAAAGCCUGCAUACAAUCGAAGAGCGCCUGGGCAUGACAUCGAGUCGCAAGAAGAGCUCGCAGCACUCGAGCGGCCACCGCCACGACGGCACCCACCACGAGGUGGAUGACGAGACCGAGUCUCUGGACGAUACCAGUGAAGUCUCUGAAGCGCGACAAGAGCGGGAUGACCUCGUCAAUCCUUACUGGAUCGAGGACGAGAAAUCCGUGCGUAAGGGCGAGAUCAGUUACCUGCCGCCUAAGGAAAUUCAGUUCUGGAAAGAUCUCAUCGCAAAAUACCUCUUCCCACUCAACAAGAAUGCUGAAGAACAGAAAAGAAUUCAACUUCAACUGAAGGAGCUUCGCAACAUCUCCGUCUUUUCCUUCUGUAUGAUGAACGCUAUCUUUGUUAUCAUUGUUUUCCUUUUGCAAUUGAACAAAGACAAGAUUCACAUCACUUGGCCGCUUGGCAUCAAGACCAACAUUACCUACGAUCCUGAUACCAAUGAGAUUCACAUCUCGAAAGAAUAUCUGCAGUUGGAGCCCAUUGGUCUUGUCUUCGUGUUCUUUUUCGCCCUGAUUCUGGUGAUCCAGUUCGUUGCAAUGUUGUUCCAUCGUUUCGGUACCAUCUCUCACAUCCUCGCGUCUACUGAGCUGUCGUGCAGUUCAACUACGGCCGAUAGCACAAAAGAGACUUUGCGGAACAAGAAGACGCUUGACGUGGUACGUAAGCUUCAAAGGCUGCGAGAUUUCAACGGAGAAGACUUCAGUGACAACACGUCUGCCGGGAAAGUUGGCAACCGCAGAAACUUUGCCAGAAUCGUCGGGCAGAGCGGCCAAAACAUCGGAACGCUCGACGUGGCUUUCAGACAGCGAUUCUUCAGUAUGGUGCCCGAAAACGAGCGCGGAAAUGAACGGAGGCGAAUGGAGACGAUACAGCAGCUUUUCGACAUCAACCCUCAGUGGGGCGAGAAGAAGAACAAGAUGGAGACCAUCGUCGCCCCGAGGCCGCCUGAGCGCCAGAGCAUAGCGUCUGAGCUGGACCAUCAGCGCGUGUUCACGCCCCUGAACGGCAGCCUAGCAGGCGCGCCAGGCGCAAUCGACAGCUCCGUAGAGUACGCGCGGGAAGGCAGCGUAAAAUACGGCAUCUCUGGCCUAGCAGGGGCUCCCGCCAGUCUCAACACCACGAACAUGUCUGGUGGCAAACAUGGCUCUAUAUACGGUAAAACGGGGGCAGGAAGUAUCAACGGGGGUUAUGUGCCCUCCGACAAUGAGAUGGUGUACGGGCUUGCACCGGCCGCGGGCCGCGGCAAUGGCAGGUACAGCGCAAGAUCAGGGCCGAGAGGAGGCGGUAGUCGGCCUUCGUCAAGUCUCAGGUUAUGAGCUUAGGUUUAUACUCUAGGAUUCUCUCUGUGAUGUCCAUACUCUUUAUUUAGGGUUAAUAAACUUUUCGUAGCGUGGGAAUGAAAGUUGUGAGGGUAUUUGUUUUCGUGAAGUACUUUUCCUAUGAUGGAAACGAGAGUUGUUGAGCAACAUAUAGUUACGAAACACGAUUUUCAUCAUGGUUUUAGAGUGAAGGAAAUCUAGUGUGGUCUUUGGAUGAUAGUGUCUGUGUGUAUAAAAUAGAUGAAAAAAGCAUGACUCUAAUUGCAAUGUUCUACUGACGUCACCAAAAAUCAUAGCGUCGCGUGAAGAGAAAAGUUUGAGUUUAACGAUUUUUGAUAAUUUAAAUGUGAUUUUUUUUGCCUCUCCAAACUAUAUACUUGUAAUAUAUUUUAUCGAUCCUCAGCGAAAAAAUUGUUGCAUUUGGCAUACUUUGAUAAGAAUUUUAAUAGCUGUUGAAAUUCCCAGAUCUUUGGUUUGUGUUUGAAUUUAUAAAUGAGCUUACGUCAUAAAAUACGGUAUCAAUAGAAUAAAUCAGAUUGUUUUAUGUUACCAGAUUAUCUUUAAUUUGAAGAAAUGGCAUUCGCAACAAAUUUUUUGUAAGAGAUUUUUUUACCUCAGAUAACAAUAGAAAGAAAUGGUCAAGACGACUAAUAUUUAAAUUUAUUAAUGCGCGUAGCUUAAUGCAAUGCAUGAAGCUGUUAUAUUACGCAGAGAACAUAGCUUAUUAUUACUUAAGUUCUGAACUUUGAAGUCAGUAUUCUUUAGCAUAUUAUGUAUGCGUUGACGCAAACAUGCCGCCCGAUUUCCAGCAAUGUUUGAAGAGAAUCUUCAUGUUUAAGAAAUACGCCUGAGAUAUGAAGCCAAACUUCAUGUUUGAAGCCUAAACUCGUCUUUUUUAUUUUUAUGCGUGAUCAAAUUAAGAUGUGGUGAAUUUGCCCGAAGGCAUAAAAACAUAAAACUUUGCGUUGUUUUUGACAAGCGAUGGAAACUUUGUGAGUUUUUUCGCACUCAUUUUAAAUUUAGCAAUUGGCUAUUAUUGCUUAUAAUUUUGGAAUUGCGACCAGUUUUUUUUAAUGCUCAUCAAUUGUUCUGUUGUAAAAUGUUUACGGAUUUUGAAAUUUUUUAAAAAUUAAUGUUUUUUAAAUAAUUAAGAAUUUUAACGGCUUCCAAGUCUUGUUUCUAUGCAUUUAAUUCAAGUUGACAAUUUUAAUGUUAGAAUCUCGACCAAUAUGUAUAUUUGUACGUUAAGCUAGAUUUACCGUGUACAGAUCAUGAUGGAUAAAUAAUAAUACAGGAAUAUAUGAACAAAAUACUUUAUUAAGAAUUAUUGCAAACAUUUUAUGUACAGAUAAUUACAUGAAUGUUUCAUGGAGCCACGUUUUUGUGUUCGCUUCCGUAGUUCAGUUUGGGAUUACGACCAUCAUCACUUGAUUCAUGUUCAUAUUAUAAAACAUUAAUCAGUUAUACAAUUCAAACUCAAUUAAUUUUUUGU